GAUCCUUCAACUGCCGUUUUUUAGAUACAUCUGUCAUGUCAGUAUACAAAAGUAGGGAUUUUAAAUCAAAAUAGUUUAAGAGUCUUAUCCUUUCUAAAUGGGUGUUCAGGUUGAUGAAUAAAUUGUUAUGUAGGUAACAGCGUUUUGUAAUUACAUGCUUUGGCCGACAAAUUCCUCGUGAUUCAAUGUCGUGUUUACAAAAUGGGCUGUGUGUGUUGUUCUCUAAGUUCAUUCAUCUCAGUUGUGUUAGAUGCUCUCGAAAGAAUAUCACUAUGCACUGUAUGUGCUAUGUUGACAUGUUGUCUGUUGUUCACCAUACUAACCGUUUUGGUAUUGGGGAUUGGUAUCGGCUACCAUUACUGUUUUGUACAAACCUCGGUGCAAUCUAUGUCGAAAGCUGGGAAGGUGAGCUCAGCGGAAGGGUUGACUGAUCCAGUUCGUCGUCAGGGCAACUUGUUGCGCUCUGUGAACAAGGCAGUGCAGCGAGGCUUCGCGCACCGUCACUCGCGGCGCGACGCGGAUGCUCCUCUAGGGAGUAACAACCUGACGGUCGGCGACAACUACACACAAACCGACGGCGUCCACGUCCUCAGCGAUACACCUCUACUCCACCUCCUAUCAACUAAUACAACUAAUUACACUGUCUUUAGUUAACUUUGUACCCCAAUAAUGUCUGUAAGCGUAAUUUUCGUAAAAUAAAAUUGCAUUUAUAGAAAA